GACUUCCGGCAGCGGCGCCGGGCCGGCGGGGACCAUGAGCUGGAUCCCGUUCAAGAUCGGGCAGCCCAAGAAACAGAUUGUACCCAAGACAGUGGAGCGGGACUUUGAGAGGGAAUAUGGAAAGCUCCAGCAAUUGGAAGAGCAGACCAAAAAGCUUCAGAAGGACAUGAAGAAAAGCACAGAUGCAGACUUGGCCAUGUCCAAGUCGGCCGUGAAGAUCUCCUCGGACCUGCUGUCGAACCCGCUGUGCGAGCAGGACGCCGCCUUCCUGGAGAUGGUCACGGCCUUUGACACGGCCAUGAGGAGGAUGGACUCCUUCAACCAGGAGAAGGUGAAUCAGAUCCAAAAGACAGUCAUAGAGCCGCUGAAAAAGUUCAGCAGCGUCUUCCCCAGCCUCAACGUGGCCGUGAAGCGGCGCGAGCAGACGCUGCAGGACUACCGGCGGCUGCAGGCCAAGGUGGAGAAGUACGAGGAGAAGGAGAGAACCGGCCCCGUGCUCGCCAAGCUGCACCAGGCCCGCGAGGAGCUGCGGCCCGUGCGGGACGACUUUGAAGCCAAGAACAAGCAGCUGCUGGAGGAGAUGCCCAAGUUCUACAGCAGCCGCAUCGACUACUUCAAGCCCAGCUUCGAGUCGCUGGUCCGCGCGCAGGUCGGCUACUACACGGAGCUGCACAAGAUCUUCGGGGAGCUGGCGGCGCGCGUGGCCGAGCCGCGGCCGGGCGACGAGCAGCGCGAGCGCCAGCACGACGCCAGGCUGGCCGAGCUGCGCGCGCUCUCCAUCGUGGCCGACGACUGAGCGCCGGGAGAGCCGCCGCGGGGGCCCCGCUCCGCACCCCGACACUCCCUGUGUGCGCAACCCGCAGCUGCUCCCUGCUGUCCCGGGGGCACCCGGGAAAAGGGGGCUCUUCCCUCCUGUCCCCAUGGGGCUCCUGGGAAAACGGGGGGCUCUUCCCUCCUGUCCCCAUGGGGCUCCCGGGGAAAAAGGGCUCUUCCCUCCAGCCCUUUUCCAAACCCUCUCCCCCUUUUCCCAAGCCGCAGCUCCUUUGAACGGGUAUUGGGCAAUUCCCACCCUGCCAGGGGGCUGGAAGGGGUCCUGGCCUUCCCGCCUCCUCUCUUAGUGCCUUAGGAAUAGGGUGACAACAGCAGG